AUGGAUUCUCUCACUCUCACUCUCAUUCUCAUUCUCACUCUCAGUCCUGCUGCUCUGUUUCUCUUCCCGCCGGUCCAGGUACCGCAGCAAGGUACCGGGCCCUGCUUCCUCGCUCGUCCUCCCUCCUCCUUGACUUCUCUCUCCCCUCUCCACCCAACUUUCACACCCCCCUCCCCCUUCCUUUUUUUCUUAAACACCCUCCCCCCUCGUCCACCCGGCUGCGUCUUUGCUCUCUCUCUGCCCUCCUUUCGCUCUGCUCUGCUCACCCUGAACCCGCUCGACGGUCCAGUCACCAGUCAGUCAACUCAGUCACUCUGUACCAAGUACCUUCCUACUGCCGCUGCCGCCGCUCUCUUUACUCCCACUCCCAAGUACCUUCUCCAAGGUACCUACCUACCCAAACCCAAGGCAAGGGCCCCAAAAGUCCAAUCCCGCGCCAGACCCAGACCAGACCAGACCAGACCUUCUCACCCACUUCCUCCUCGUCUUCCUCCUCCUUCCUACCUACCUUGCUCCUCCUUUCCAUGCCCCCCUCCCCCCCCAGGCCCAAGGUACCGCGCACCACGCACACCACGUACACCACGCACCACCACACGCACCAGCACCCAGCACCCAGCAUACUCCGUACCCAAGAACCACUUCGCUUGA